AUGACACAAAAAGUGCCACAAGCCGAAGAGACAUCGGCUUCUCAAUGCCGAUUCAACGCAGCCCAGGCUCUAGACCGGCUUCGUGGCCUUCUACCCGCUAUAUUUGCUAAGCCUGAUGUUGAACUCGAGAUCGACCCUAUUCCUAAAACGAAUGUUGGACGCCGUCGAUCCUCAUGCUUUGCCGGUUCCCUCGAUCAAGAUGAGACUCUUCCUGGGAAAAUUUCCACACAGCAGGAACACGGGAUUGGUGUGUCGGAAACCGUGGCCAGGGAUGAGACUGUUCUCUACCUCGCCUAUGGGUCAAACCUAGCUUCCAAGACUUUUCGCGGAAUGCGCGGCAUAAAACCACUGUCGCAGAUCUCCGUGCUUGUCCCCGAACUCCGUCUCACUUUCGAUCUUCCGGGAGUACCAUACGCAGAGCCAUGUUUCGCAGGCACACAAUACAGAGAUGUUUCUCCCCCGGCAGAUGACAAGACCGAACCCCAAGACCAUGAGACGGAUGUGUUGGACAGUGAGCACCUAUCAGAGAAGGCAGUGCUCAUAACUCGGACACAGGAGGUAGAAGUGGUCUCGAGUUGUGACAAGCGUCAAUGGCACAAACCUCUAGUCGGAGUUGUCUACGAAGUCACCCUAGCGGAUUACGCGAAGAUUAUCGCCACGGAGGGCGGUGGUCGUGGAUAUCGCGACUGUGUCAUCGAUUGUCAUCCCUUCCCUCAUUCAUACGACCCCUCCGACCCCGUCCCAGAUUACCCCAGCACACCAGCUUUCAAGGCACGCACCCUGCUCUCGCCAGCUGCGGACAAUGCCCGCCUAUUAUUGCAAUCUCAUAAAGACGAUGUCCCGCUGCCUAGUGGUCCAAAGCUAUCGUGGUGGUAUACCGUCUGCUUGCAUUUCCGGCCGGAUCCUAACUACGCUCAGCCCUCUGCCCGCUACCUUGGGCUGAUCAAGACUGGCGCUGCAGAACAUGAUCUGCCGGUUUCAUAUCAAGUAUAUCUUGCGCAGAUCAAAACUUAUCGUAUUACAACUACGCACCAGAAGAUCGGGAAGGUGAUCUUCUUGGCUCUGUGGGCGCCUUCGUUGAUUUUGACCAUGUCAUUAUCCAGGAUAUGUGCAGGUCCUGAUGGUCGUAGUCCACCAUGGCUGGUGGCUCUGGCCAAUACCGUGUUUUCUGGUAUGUGGACUAGCUAUGAUUAUUUCUUUGCUCGUAUCUUUGGAGAUGGCGAGCGGGUUUUGGAUGAUACCCGGGCCUGA